AAACAGGAGGCAAAGACCAGCCCGGGAGUAGAGCGGUGCGACUCUCUUCUGAAGAAGGCGGCGCGUGCCCGGCGGGACCGGUGCGUAGCUCCGAGAUCGAGCUCCGGCUGCCAACCCCGGUCCCGCCGUUGCCAUGGACGGCCUGCGCCAGCGCUUCGAGAGUCUUCUGGAACAGAGGAACUUGGCCACCGAGACACUAAGGGCGCUCGAAGCCAAGACCGGGGUCGACAAGCGGUACUUGGCAGCGGGAGCCACCACUCUGCUAAGCCUGUAUCUUCUGUUCGGUUACGGGGCACCUCUACUUUGCAAUCUCAUCGGGUUUGUCUACCCCGCAUAUGCUUCGAUAAAAGCUAUCGAGAGUCCAAGCAAAGAAGACGACACUGUGUGGCUCACCUACUGGGUGGUAUACAGCCUAUUCGGGCUUGCCGAGUUCUUCAGCGAUCUACUCCUGUCCUGGUUCCCUUUCUACUACGUGGGAAAGUGCGCCUUCCUGUUGUUCUGCAUGAUUCCCGGGCCGUGGAAUGGGGCUCACAUGCUGUACCGUCGAAUCAUACGCCCGCUGUUUCUAAAGCAUCACGAGGCCGUGGACAACAUCAUGAGAGACCUCAGCGGGCGAGCACUGGACGUAGCAGCAGGAGUAACCCGGGACGCCAAAGUAACCGUGACUCAGCUCCAGAAGGACAAGUGAAGUCCCUACCCAGUCCCCGUGCAGAUAAGCUGGCCGGCCAGCUAAAAGACACCGUGUCCUCCACGGAUUCCUCAACUGAUUCCUCAGAACAGACCCGCUCUGUUCCCUCAGCCUCAAUCAAGCCAGGCUCUGGGAACGCCUCAUGCACCAACUUUGUCCCGUCCCAUUCUCAAUCCUUGGUCACAGGCUCUGCCAGUGGCUCCAAGCUGCCUGGCAAAUCCCAGGUCCAGUCUUCCUCAAAAGCAUCUAUUGCGAGAGCCAAUUCUUCCAACCAGCCCCCCCAACCAUCUGUCACUUCCUUGGGCCCCUCCCAGCCAGCCCAGCAGUCCCCCGGCUCUGGUUCAGGCCCUGUGCAUCAUCCCAGCACCUUCUCCAGCCAGCCCCCCCCUACUGUGACAUCCCCCAGUGGUACCACCAUCCCCAUGCAGCCCCAAAGCAGUCCCAAUAGACCAGGGGAGUCGGCCCUCAAAGGCUCUAAGUCCAACAAACAUCAGAAGACGUCCCCAACACUGAUAUCUCCCAAUGGUACCACCAUCCCCAGUCAGCCCCACAGCAGUCCCAAUAGACCAGGGGAGUCGGCCCCCAAGGCCUCUAAGUCCAGCAAACAUCACAAGACGUCCCCAACACUGCCAUCUCCCAAUGGUACCACCAUCCCCACGCAGCCCCACAACAACCCUAAUAGACCAGGGGAGUCAGCCCCCAAGGCCUCUAAGUCCAGCAAACAUCACAAGACAUCCCCAGUGCAGCCAUCUCCCAGUGGUACCACCAUCCCCACGCAGCCCCACGACAGCCCUAAUAGACCAACGGAGUCAGCCCCCAAGGCCUCUAAGUCCAGCAAACAUCAGAAGACGUCCCCAGCGCAGCCCCCAACCAGUACCUCAGUGCACGAGCAGCAGCCCCAAACCAAUACCUCAGAGCCCGAGCUGCCUGUCUCCUACCUUUCUGGGUUCCCUCUGGAGUACACCUCAGAGUCCACCACUGAAAUCACCUGCCACUGGCCCCACCACCACUCCUGGCUCCAAUACCUACAGCACUGCUGGCGCCUGAAACACCUAUCCUGCUAGGAGAGGGCUCAAUAAAAUACAUCUUGCAGA